CUGGCGCGCCGCCCGCCUCCUGCGGGCUCUGGCGGCCGCUGAUAGGCGGCGGCGGCAGCGCCCCCCCGGCUGGGCCGCGGUCGGUGCCUGGCAGCCAGAGGGUCGGCGCCGCCAUCGCCAUGGGCACCCGCGACGACGAGUACGACUACCUGUUCAAAGUUGUGCUGAUUGGAGACUCCGGAGUUGGGAAGAGCAACCUCCUGUCCCGUUUCACACGCAAUGAGUUCAAUCUGGAGAGCAAGAGCACCAUCGGGGUGGAAUUUGCCACCAGGAGCAUCCAGGUGGAUGGGAAGACGAUAAAAGCGCAGAUCUGGGAUACGGCAGGACAGGAGCGGUACCGCGCCAUCACCUCAGCAUAUUACCGCGGUGCCGUCGGGGCUCUUCUCGUCUAUGACAUUGCCAAACAUCUCACCUACGAGAACGUGGAGCGCUGGCUAAAGGAGCUCAGAGACCACGCGGACAACAACAUCGUCAUCAUGCUGGUGGGGAACAAGAGCGACCUGCGCCACCUGCGCGCCGUGCCCACCGACGAGGCCCGCGCCUUCGCAGAAAAAAAUAACUUAUCUUUUAUUGAAACUUCUGCCCUGGAUUCAACAAAUGUAGAAGAAGCCUUCAAGAACAUCCUGACAGAAAUCUACCGCAUUGUUUCGCAGAAGCAGAUCGCCGAUCGGUCUGCGCAUGAUGAGUCUCCUGGCAACAACGUGGUGGACAUCAGCGUCCCACCAACCACCGACGGACAGAAAUCCAACAAACUCCAGUGCUGUCAGAACCUGUGACCUCCCGGAGAUGACUCUUGUGCCCUUCACUUCGUCUGUGCUUCGUUUAGAAACUUGUGUGCACUUCUUCUCUCCUGUGAUUCCGUGACUCCCUCUUUCCUCCUUUCCCCCGUUCCCAAAUCUCCCUUUUCAUCUUAGAGCUUUAAUCGUAGGGCUAACAUCCCCCUGCCUCCCAAAUCCCUUCAUGUGCUGACUUUUGGGCUUGAAAUGUAGGCACUGAUCUGAUAGACGUGUUUGUGUUGGAACAUCUGCUGCUGGGUAGUAUCACAUGAAACACUCUCCUCAAACGGUUUUGGUUUUAUUUUUGUGGUUAUUUGUUUUUCUGGGAGAGAAACCAUGGGGACUUGAAGAAAUAACUCCAUUGAGGUGACAAGGUUUUUUCCUCCCAUAGUCAGAUUUUUUCUUGUGUUUCUGUAAACAUGAGGGAGAAAUUAAAAGGAAAUAGCUGUCCUACCAAAUGCUCUCUUUUCUGUCCUUGAUAGAGUCUCACAGUGAGGUUUUCAGUGGCUGCACACACAUGAAAAAGCUGUUGAAAAUAACAUUACUUAUAAUGUAAUUACCCCUAAUACAGUUAGUCUGGCUGUGUAGUUUACCAUUCCCUGCUUGGGAAAUCUUUCUCUAUCCUUGUUUUAUUUGGGAACAAUGAAGUGUGUCUGCAUUGCUUUCUCUGCCACCACGAACGCCUGUGCUGCUCGUGCAGGCUUUACGGAGCGGCUUAAUAUUUAUUCAUGGCUUAUGUUAAUCAGUUAACAUUAUUGUACAGUAAGUGCCAGCAUAUUGAUUUCGGAAUCUUUCGCCAGGCUUAUUUUGUACUGUAGAUCAGUGUCUGCAAGCGGGAUCUUCUAUAGCUCCAGGAUUUUUUUUGCAUGCUGCUUUUUCUCUAGAUCUCUCCUAUCCCUGUUUGAGUGAGUGAAGCAAUAUUUUCAUGUCAUGUAUAUACCUGCACUUGUAAGGGUUUUGGUUGUUGUAGAGAAACACAAUACUUUAUACAUUUUGUAAAACUCCUGCAGAACCAUAGCAUCUUGAACCUUCUCGUCAUGAUCUUUCACUAUUGACCUUGUGCAUAAUCUUCUCGACCUCUACUAAAACGCGUAAUAUUAAGAUUUCACAUAAUAACUACUAACUUGUUGUUUUCCUCUUACUCUGUUUUACUGAAUUGCCGACUGUACUUCUCAAAUGAUUGUACUUCACCUGAUGUAACGGGUUUGUCGUCAGCAGGGCUAACUACUCGUACUCUGUUUAGCUGAAUGGGAAGAGUGUUAUCACAGCUUCGGGUGGUUGGUCGCUCGCUGGCUUGUGCAAAUCCUUUUGAUGGCUUUUCCUCGCUCACUAGCUCUUACACACCUGCAUCCCCUCCGGUAUACGCUGAAUGGUAUGAUGAGGCAAGUACUGGGUGACACUAUCUAAAGGAAGAGCUGGAGACCAUCUGCUCUCUGAAGGCCAGUGAAGCAGUUUGCAGUGAAUUCUUGCUGUGCCUCACCUGCCCAAUCCCACCUGCAGAUGAGUGAGUUGACUUUUCUGGUACAAAGCAAACAAACUGUGAAUCGUGCUCGAAGGGGAAAUCUGACAUUCCAGUCUCAACUGUUCUGUCUGGUUAUGUAAUAAAAUUAAGGGCGGUUAACUCUGA